GCGCGCUAUUUAAAUAGGAGCCGCUGGGGAGCUCUGAGACGCUCCAGGACGAGUCGGAACUGAGGGGCACCAUGCAGACAGCGGAAAAAGCACAGCAGCCUCAACCCUUCAAACAAAGGAAAAGCUUCGCCACGCGGAGGCAGGAGGUGGCGGGGAUUCGGUUCAAGUUUCCCACCAAGAUCCCGGUGAUCAUUGAAAGGUACCCGAGGGAGAAGUACCUGCCUCCUCUGGACAAAACCAAAUUUCUUGUCCCGCAAGAACUUUCCAUGUCCCAGUUCGUCGCUAUAAUACGGAAUCGGAUGUCUCUGCUGCCGAGUCAGGCUUUCUACCUGCUUAUCGACAACCACGGCCUGGCCAACAUGUCUCUCACAAUAGCGCAGGUCUAUAAAGAGCACAGAGAUGACGACGGCUUCCUCUACAUGACCUAUGCCUCUCAGGAGAUGUUUGGCACCAACGAGCCCGGCGUGGAAACGAUCCUGAAGAACAGCUGAGGUGACUAUUCCUGGAGCUCAGCUGUUUUAAGAGGACCCAAGGCCCUUGUGCCUUUGUUUAAAGCACUGUAUGUUUAAGUGUUCUAUUUGACAUGGAUGCUUUUUAUGGUUGUGGUAAAUGUCAUGUUUUAUGUCCAUGUGAUUCUGCUCUUGGAGCAGUGUUUCUUGAUUUAGCUUGAGUUGUCUGGCCAGUUAAACCUUUCUGUAUGAUUGACUGACUGGCCCAAUUUUGCUACAGUACUUCUAAAUUAACAGGUAAGGCUGAAGCCAUGGGGAAGAGUCAACUCCUCAACAUGGAGUGAUUAACAAUAAAGCUGGAAAUGUAUAGAUUCUUAUGUAAUUCAAUUAAAUGAUGAUCUCACUACUUUGGCCUUUGUUUGGAAGUAUUGCAGCAAGUGCUUAUUUGUGCAUUUUUCCACUUUAAGAAAAAACAUUCUCUAGUCUUAAGACAAGGUUUGGAUUCUUGUGCAUCUAACACCCCCAGCCUUUAAUCUGUUCACUUUCCUGUACCUCCCUCCUAUAAAUGCAGAAACUCACCCCUCAAAUAAUCCUCAUGUUGCUCUAACACUUCCAUUUUUCUUGUUAUAAGGGACUGUAUUAACUGCAGCCCACAAAUUUGGGUAGUUCAGUAGAUUUUCUACUGCAUAGCGAAACAUGAAGCAGCUGCUUCAUAGCACAACAUAAACCAGUGCUUGAUGGGGAAUUUAGUGUAACUAAAGUACUGUUCAGGGAGCAGUGCUUUUUCCCUUCACUGCAACUGCCAAUUGUCUAUAGUGCACUAUGACAGCUCCUGGAGCAGCUGUCAAAGUUGAGCCCUUACAGCAAUUUGUUACGAACAUAGCCAUACUUUAAGAGGGCUGUUGGGUGCCAGGUUUUUCCAGAAUAUUUACUAAGGAUAGAUGCAAUGUAUGUGAAUCUACAAUUUAAAGAAAUGUUGUCUUCCUUCUGAAGAAGGUCCUGUUGUCUGAUUCUUUAGCGGUAUUCUGUAUUUGCACAGUGGAGGCAAGUGGUGGUGGUUCAUCCAGCUUCUGAGCUAAAUGAUCAGCAUGUACCCUGCCUCAUGUAUGAGGAGCACCAUAACACAGCAAUGGAAAAGUGGUUGAGUGAAGAGAUCAAAAUUGAUCUGAAAAAACGAGUGCUAGAAGACCAAAUGUUUGUGUUGUGCUGGUGAUUUAUACAACUCUUAUUUUGGGGUUUUUUCCUUUCUUGCCUGGAGAUGGCUUUUUUUUUUUCCCUUUGUGUGUGUGUUUCCUCUUUCUGCCACCCCCCACAAUGAAGUUAUACAAAAGCUGAAUUGAUUUAAGAGAUUGGCAUGUUUCCUUCACAGGAUCCAUAAGGGUAAUACUCUUGUUAAGAACACAAAUUUAUUCCUGGGGUUGGCAAGGUGUUUAUGAAACAUUUUCUAACUCACAGAAGCAGUGGAUGUUUUACACAUUUAAAUAAAAAUUCCAAGUUGUUAC